AUGGCUAAUCACAUUAGGGUUGUCAUCAUCAUGUUGGCAAUCACUUUCCCCCGUUUUGCAACAUCCAAACCUAUAAUCUUGUCGUCCCAACCCCAAUGGACAGUAUUGAACCGAUUGUCAGGCUCUCAUCGACGGCUUGUAGGGGACACCAUUGAUAUUAGGGAAGAGAUGAUGAUGGAAAACGAAAGUGCACGAAGAAUCCUAGCUGGAAGAGGGUAUAUAAGCUAUAACGCAAUGCAGAAGAAUAAUGUUCCAUGCAACCAACGUGGUCAGUCUUAUUAUGAUUGUAACAGUAGAGGUCAGGCUAAUCCGUAUUCUCGAGGAUGCAAUGUAAUCACUAGGUGUGGUGGUCGUUGA